AUGGCGGAAGCUUCUAGAACCUCCGAGGCGCACCGCGACGCCGUGUUCGCGCGGUGGGUGAUUUUCUCGCCGGCGCGCUCCCGUCGCCCCACCGACCUCAAGUCCCACGGCCCGGCAAACCCUAGCCCCGGCCCCGACGACGGCGCCCCCAAGCCGUCCUGCCCCUUCUGCCUCGGCCGCGAGUCCGAGUGCGCGCCGGAGAUAUUCCGUGUGCCGGCUCCCGACGAGUCGCCGUCGUGGCGGAUCCGCGUGAUCGAGAACCUCUUCCCAGCGCUGCGGCGCGAGGCGGCGCCGCCCGCACCGGAGGACGAGGAGCCCGUCGGCGCGGGGGAAUGCGCCGUGAGGGGGUUCGGGUUCCACGACGUGGUCAUCGAGACGCCGCACCAUGAAGUGCGGCUCUGGGAUCUGGAGGCGGAGGGGGUCCGCGACGUCCUGCUUGCGUACGCGCGUCGGGUGCAGCAGCUGGCUGAGCACCCAGCGGUGAACAUCAGCAUGGGAAGUGUUCCGGCAGCCACCCCCAGCGUGCGCGAGAUCUGUCGCGCGCAGCGCGCCGACGGGCCGGCGGCCGUGCUCGCCAUCGGCACGGCCAACCCGGCGCACUGCGUGCCCCAGGACGAGUUCCCCGACUUCUACUUCCGCGCCACCAACAGCGACCACCUCACCGCCCUCAAGGGCAAGUUCAAGAGAGUCUUUCAGAAGCUAGGCGUUGAGAGACGCUACCUCCACCACACGGAGGAGCUGCUCCGCGCCCACCCGGAGUUCCUCGACGACGAGGCGGCGUCCCUGGACGCCCGGCUGGACAUCGUCGCCACCGCCGUCCCGGAGCUGGCCGCGGAGGCCUCUAAGAAGGCCAUCGCCGAGUGGGGCCGGCCGGCCGCCGACAUCACCCACCUCGUUGUCACCACGAACUCCGGCGCCCACAUCCCGGGCGUCGACUUCCGCCUCAUCGCGCUCCUCGGGCUCCGCCCCUCCGUGCGCCGCACCAUGCUCUACCUCAACGGCUGCUUCGCCGGCUCCGCCGCGCUGCGCCUCGCCAAGGACCUCGCCGAGAACAACCGCGGCGCGCGCGUCCUCGUGGUCUGCGCCGAGCUCACCCUCAUGCUGUUCAACGGGCCCAAGGAGGGCUCCUUCGAGAGGCUCAUCCACCAGGGGCUCUUCGGCGACGGCGCGGGCGCCGUCGUCGUCGGCGCCGACCCGCUGAGCCCCGUCGAGCACGCCCUGUUCGAGAUGGUGUCCGCCGCGCAGACGGUUAUCCCGGACUCCGGCGACGCCAUCACCAUGCACAUCACCAAGGGCGGCCGCCGGGUGCUAAGCGACUACGGCAACAUGUUCGGCGUGACGAUUAUAUUUGUCCUCGACGAGCUGCGCCGGAGGCUUAGGGAGCAGGAAGGGGUCGGCGGCGCGCCGGAGUGGGGUGUGGUGAUGACCUUCGGGCCGGGGCUCACCGUGGAGACGAUGGUGUUGCACGCCACAGGGCACAUGCAUGCGUCCCCAUGA